GAGGAAUUCUUCUUACCCUCUGCUUGUCACACUGAUCUCACACACUCUCCGCUGGACUUGGGGCUACUACUUGCUGCAUCUGAAAGGCUGAAACUCUCUGGGAAUAAAGAAUCCUUGUAACAAUGCCAGAACCCACCAAGAAAGAUGAAACUGAAAAUGAAAGUGCACCGCCACCUCCAGAACAAAAAACACCACAGGAGGGUGGAAAUGAAAAGGGUAAAGAUGAAGAUGACACUUCAGUUAGUACUCCACCAGCAGAUGGGAUGUCUAAGCCAGCGGAAAGAAAGGAUUCAGUAUGGUCUCUUGGAGAAGGAGCUCCAGAGGAGUCAGAAAAGCGUGAUGACUCCCAAAGAUCCACUUUAUUCGUCGAGAAACCUCAGAGUGGAACAGUGAGUGUUGGUGGGAAUAUUACAUUUAUAGCCAAAGUAGAAGCCAAAGAUCUUCUCCGAAAGCCAAAUGUUAAGUGGUUUAAAGGAAAAUGGAUGGAUCUGGCCAGUAAAGCGGGGAAGCACCUGCAGCUGAAGGAGUCCUUCGAGCGCCACACUAAGAUUCAUACAUUUGAGAUGCAGAUCAUCAAAGCUAAGGAAAACUAUGCAGGGAACUAUCGCUGUGAAGUAUCUUACAAGGACAAAUUUGAUAGCUGCUCUUUUGACCUUGAAGUCACUGAAUCUUCCCAAGCUGCUCCAUCCAUUGACAUCAGAUCUGCUUUCAAAAGAAGCGGUGAAGGACAAGAGGAUGCAGGAGAACUUGACUUUAGUGGUCUCCUGAAACGUAGGGAGGUUAAGCAGCAAGAGGAAGAGCCUGAGGUGGAUGUGUGGGAUCUGCUGAAGAACGCGAAUCCCAGCGAGUACGAGAAGAUCGCUUUCCAGUACGGCAUCACCGACCUGAGGGGGAUGCUGAAGCGCCUGAAGCGCAUGCGCAGGGAGGUGAAGAAGAGCGCAGCUUUUGCCAAAGGCCUCGAUCCUGCAUACCAGGUGGACAAAGGAGGUAAAGUAAGAUUCAUGGUGGAGCUAGCAGAUCCAACAGUGGAACUCAAGUGGUAUAAAAAUGGCCAAGAAAUACGACCAAGUGCAAAAUACAUUUUUGAGCACAAAGGAAACCAGCGAAUUUUAUUCAUCAAUAACUGCACGAUGACAGACGAUGCUCGCUAUUACGUAACAGCUGGUGAUGAGAAAUGCUCCACAGAACUGUUUGUGAGAGAUCCGCCAAUUUUGGUGACCAAAGGCCUGGAGGAUACCAACACCUAUGUUGGUGAACGAGUAGAGCUGAGCUGUGAAGUGUCUGAGGAUGAUGCAAAUGUGAAAUGGUUUAGAAAUGGCGUAGAACUUUCCAACGAUCCUAAAUCUCGGUAUCGAAUUAAGGUUGAGGGUAAAAAACACACUUUGGUCAUAGAGGAAGCUGCCAAAAAUGACACUGCAACUUACUCAGUGAUGACAACUGGAGGGCAAUCAGAAGCCAAGCUUUCAGUUGACCUGAGACCUCUGAAGAUAUCACAUGCACUAGAAGACCAGACUGUGAGGCUGGGACAGGAAAUCCACUUGAAGUGUGAGAUAUCUGAGAAUGUGGAAGGGAAAUGGUACAAAAAUGGGCAGCUGAUUGAAGCUAGUGACCGUGUAAAGCUUUAUCACAAAGGAAGAAUCCACAGAUUUGUUAUACCAGUUUCUGCUGUUGAUGACGAGGGUGAAUACAUGUUUGUGCCAGAUGCCUACAACAUCAAUAUUCCAUGCAAAGUACAUGUUGUGGAUCCACCUAAACUUCACCUGGAUGGUCUUGGGGAAAACAACACUGUGACAGUAGUGGCAGGAAACAAACUACGACUUGAGAUCCCCAUCACUGGUGAACCACCUCCAAAAGUCUUUUGGAGUAGAGGGGACAAGAUGGUCACAGACAGUGGAAGAAUACGGGCAGAGUCGUACCCAGACAGCAGCUGCCUGGUCAUUGAUGCAGCUGAGAGGGACGAUUCAGGUCCUUUCAGAAUCACCUUAAAGAAUGAGGCUGGAGAGGACACAGCCCUAAUCAACAUUAAAGUGGUUGAUGUUCCUGAUCCUCCUCAGGCACCAAAUGUGACUGAGGUGGGUGAAGACUGGUGUAUUAUGACUUGGGAACCUCCAGCAAAUGAUGGUGGAUCACCCAUUCUAGGAUAUUUCAUUGAGAGGAAAAAGAAACAAAGCUCCAGGUGGAUGAGGCUGAAUUUUGAACUGUGUAAGGAAACAACUUUUGAGCCAAAGAAAAUGAUUGAAGGUGUUGCUUAUGAGGUCCGUGUGUUUGCUGUCAAUGCCAUCGGCAUGUCCAAGCCAAGCAUGCCUUCCAAGUCCUUUGUUCCUUUAGCUGUUACCAGCCCCCCAACUCUGCUGGCAGUGGACAGCGUGACCGACACCUCGGUGACAAUGAAGUGGAGGCCCCCAGACCAGAUUGGGGCGGCAGGGCUGGACGGCUACGUGGUGGAAUACUGCUUUGAAGGAACUGAUGAAUGGAUCGUGGCUAACCCAGAGCUGACAGACAAAACAAAGUUUACCAUCAAUGGCCUUCCAACUGGCUCGAAAAUCCUUGUGAGAGUAAAAGCUGUGAAUGCUGCUGGAGAAAGUGAGCCCAAGUACCACCCACAGCCUAUUUUAGUCAAGGAAGUGAUAGAACCUCCAAAGAUUCGUCUACCAAGACACUUAAAACAAACCUAUACUCGAAGAGUUGGAGAAACUGUGAAUCUUGUUAUUCCUUUCCAGGGAAAACCAAGGGCGAAAGUAUCGUGGGAGAAGAAUGGUUCUCCAAUUGACAAGAACGACAUCAACAUCCGCAACACGGAGCAGGACACCAUCAUCUUCAUCCGGAAGGCAGAGCGGGGCCACUCCGGCGAGUACGACAUGAAAGUGGAGGUGGAGAACCUGGUGGACAAAGCCACGAUAGAUAUUCAGAUCGUUGAUCGCCCAGGCCCACCAGAGGUUGUGACUAUUGAGGAUGUCUGGGGAGAGAAUGUGAAUUUAUCAUGGAAGCCACCAAAAGAUGAUGGCAAUGCUGCCAUUACUGGGUACACUAUUCAAAAAGCAGAUAAGAAGAGUAUGGAGUGGUUCACCGUGAUCGAGCACUACCACCGCACUAGCGCCACCAUCAACGAGCUGGUCAUAGGCAACGAGUACUACUUCAGGGUCUUUGCUGAGAACAUGUGCGGCCUCAGCGAGGAUGCAACCAUGACCAAAGAGAGUGCUCUGAUUGCAAAGGAUGGUAAAGUCUACAAAUACCCAGUUUACGAUGACUUUGACUUCAGCGAGCAGCCGCUGUUCACUCAGCCCCUGGUGAACACGUUUGCUGUGGCUGGUUACAAUGCCACCCUGAACUGCAGCGUCCGGGGCAACCCCAAGCCCAAAAUAACGUGGAUGAAAAACAAAGUGCUCAUCAUGAAUGACCCAAGGUACCGGAUGUUCAGCAAUCAAGGUGUGUGUACCUUGGAGAUCCGCAAACCCAGCCCCUACGAUGGAGGCACUUACACCUGCCGAGCAGUCAACGAGCUGGGAGAGGCAGAAGUGGACUGCAAACUGGAAGUAAGAGUUACACAGUAAGGAUUUUUGAAUGUAUAUUGUCAUCUAAGGUGGGCUUUCAUUCUUCAAGCUAUUAAUGGAUGGAGUGCCUCCGCACAUCAUUGACUCGUAUAUGCGUGAAGUGCAGGCAGACAAAACUGAAGGGAAGUGAGAGUCCGUCCACAGUGCUUCCUCCCACUGCACUGGAAGCUGGUAGCAGAAUAACAACAUUUUAGUUCUUGCAACGACAGAAAAACAUGUGUGGUGGGGGAUUUUAUGACUUUUUUUCUUUUCCUUAAUUGUCCUUUUGUUUUCCCUACCUGCUCUUACUGAAAAGAAAGAAUUACGCAUGGAUUGCUUUGAGGUUGAAAUGAAAUGAACUGAAGACAACACGCGUUUUGUAAUGUUCGGCUUUAUUUUGUUUGAUACCGUGUUCUGUUUUUUAAUGAGGAAAGAGGGGAAGCUGUGUAACAAGCAUAAGGAGGCAGUCAGUCUGUUCUCAGUGGUACAAAGCGUAUCUUUCUCAGACUGGAAGUACAUGGAUUAGCCAGUAGAUGUGCAAUAAGAUCCUUGGAAUACAUACCUCUGAUAAUGUAUCUUAUUCACCUGAGAAUUGUUUAACAGAAUAUGGUUUUACUAUAAUGUAACUAAUGCAUAUGUAAUUAAUGAUCAUUUAAGCUGAACAUAUCUUCCUAUAGAAGUUUUGAUUUCCUAAAUCCAACCCAUUGGUCUCUCAAUUUAACUGAAAUUGUUUUAUUUAAUGUACAAUAAACAUGAAGUGUUUAAGAUCUA